UUGUGGGUAUCUGGUGUUUCCUGAUAGAUUCUGACAGUUAGUCAGUUGUUGUGGUAAAGUUUUGACAAAGUGUGAGACGCUUUCUGCCGAGUGUUUUUUUUUUUUUUUUUUUUACACCUUCUCUGACAUAUUCCGAAACUGGAGCUAAACUGCCUGCGUUUCGUCUGUCACCGAGCCGCAGCCAGUAAAACUGUAAUUAACUGAAGUUCUUGAUAACGGAGGGAGAAGUUUCGGAAUGAGUCUGAACGAGCAUUCCCUGCAGGCUCUGUCCUGGAGAAAACUCUACUUGAGUCGAGCCAAACUCAAAGCCACCAGCCGCACUUCUGCUCUGCUGUCCGGCUUCGCUAUGGUUGCCAUGGUGGAGGUGCAGCUGGAGCCAGAUCAUAAGUAUCCUCCGGGGCUGCUGAUUGCCUUCAGUGCUUGUACCACAGUCCUGGUUGCAGUGCACCUCUUUGCUCUCAUGAUCAGCACAUGUAUCCUCCCUAAUCUAGAGGCCGUCAGCAACGUUCACAACCUCAACUCUGUCAACGAGUCUCCCCAUGAGCGCAUGCACCGCCACAUAGAGCUGGCCUGGGCUUUCUCCACCGUCAUCGGCACCCUCCUCUUCCUGACUGAGGUGAUGCUCUUGUGUUGGGUGAAGUUCUUACCCCUCAAAAGCACCACGGGAGACGGCAGCAUAAGUCCUGGCGAGGCUGCAGCCAUAGCAUCCACGUGCAUUAUGGUGCCAUUUGGAAUAGUUUUUAUCGUGUUUGCCGUCCACUUUUACCGCACGCUCGUCAGUCAUAAAACGGACCGGCAGAUCAGAGAGCUGGAGCAGGUCAUUCGGCUCCAGAACCAGCUUGACCAUCGGGCAGAGAAUGACGACCUGAAGGCCGCCGUCCACUUUCCCUGAUUAUAUCCAGUAGCAGAGACAUUCAGCACUGCUUCCAUUGGGAAAUCUUAUAUAAAACCUUUAUUUUUUAUGUCUAUGAAAUGUGCUCAGAUGCGUUACCUUUGAAGUUGCAAGCUUUGUGUGUUGAGUGUUGCAUGAUACCGAGUCCACUUUUAGAUUAUACACGUUGUCAAACUUCUACAAGUUAUGCAUUAGUUUUCCUGUCAGGCAAAAAGAUUUGCUCUCGGCUGCACUUUUUUGUGACUUGGAUAAGAACAUAUCUUCGUCAUAACAUAAUGUAUUCUAGGGUUGAAAUUUCAAGGUGACUUCACAUGGGCUCUUACGGAUACUUUGACUAUCCAUUUUUUAAGGCAAAUACUGGUUUUAGAGACAAAUCUACCACAUAGGAGAGGAUAAUAAGCUGCUGUUUAGGUGUAAAUGACAGUAAAAAAUAAUAUCAAACAUGUCUUGUAAAAUUGUCCAUAAGAGGAGGAUAGACAUCAGAUCAAUCCAAUGGAAAUGUUUGAAUGUGGACAGAACUUCAUUUUUUCUGUGGUAAAGCUUAUCACUUGUUCCGUCCUCUGCGGUGUUCCAUGUAAACUGUUUACACUUUCUUCUGUGCUGCUGACGGAGGUAUAUUUUAUAAUAUGCCCCUACAGUAGCAUCCACCUUGGCUUUAUUAUGUUUUAUUUGAAUUUUUCUCAUUUGCCUGGUGCUAAAUUAGGCUUGGUUUAUGUGUACUUUUUGUUUAAACAUAGUUACCAAUUGGUUUAAGUUCAGCCAAAUAUGCCAAAGAUCUUUUGAAUACUAAUAAUAAGUAUGCACAGGAAACAUUAGUUUUUUUUAGCUAAAACAUUUAAAAAUCUUAAAUCAGUAUUUGUGCGCAAUCUGAGGCAACAGAGCACUUUAAAGUAAAUGCUGGACAGGAGUGCUUUAAAUCAAAAUGUGUUAAUGUAGUACACAUGUUUCUAUAGGGAGGGUUUGCUGGGAAUCCAAAUGCAAGUAAUUAAGGCAGCAUGUUGAGUCUGUGUCUGUUUUCAAGACUCAUUUUUCCUCCUUAAAAGGAGUCUUAAAUGAAUCCCACGUAGAUAAUUUCAAAAUGUUUUCAAUUUCACCUCACGUUUGAAGUUAAGAAAUACUGUAUACCCUGUAAAAUGGUUACUGAUUUACAAAAGAAGUGCCGACUGUAUUGCUACAAAGCAUGAACACGUUGGAAAUGUUUGUAAGUUUGUAUGUUUUGUACUUUUCAUAGUUUACAAGCUCGAGCAUGUUCACACAUUAGGUUACAGCUUUUUUAAAGUGUGGAUAUGGGUUGUGUUUUCAUUGUCCUGUGGCACAUUGCUUAAUAAUUUUACUUGGGAUUUGUCAUUUUCUUUAUUGACUAUACUGUAACAUUGGUACAUAAUAGUGUUAUUACAACAUUAUGCAUUAUAUCCCUGAAUUUGGUCAACUUUUGGUCAAUAUUUGGCAUUUUUAUAAAGUGACUUUGAAUUAACUGAAUGCUUAUUUCAAGGUAUUACUGUGUCAUUAUUGCAGCGUCAAUUAAAUGAAAGUAGGUUAAUUCAUGUAAACUAUGUACUCGCUGAGACAACUCUGAUGGGAAGUACCACAUGUGCCUUUUUUAAAAACACAACAGAGCAAGUGAAGGCAUGUUGCUUUGGUUAAUUGUUGUGGUUUAUUUAUUUAACCAAGUAUAUGUUACUGUAUAUAGAGAGGUUGCAAUGCUUUUAUCUAUGCAGAGCUUUAAAGUGAAUUUUCAGUAAAUACUGUACUGUAAGUUUUGCUUAUGUGUUGUUAGUGACUCACGAAAAGAGUCAGUAUUUUUUUGUUGCGAGUUUGAGAAUAAAAAAAAAAAAAUUCA